UGAAAUUUGAUCGGCACGUAGACAAUUUUGUUGAGACUCGGUCAUUUAUUAACACGAGGAAAACACUCUAAAAUAAUUUUUAUUCCUCCCCCCCCCAAUAAGUCUCAUUAUUCCUUUUUACCAUUAGGAACACCAGGCAGUAGAGUAGCUCUUUCGCUAUUUAUUCUACACGAUACAAAAGUACGUUUUAGCUAACAGAGUCCUGAUAAUUCCGCGUCGAAGGCCGGUCAUUCUUAACACGGUUUACUGCUGAAAAGCUAACACCGUGUGGCUGUCGUUUCAAUUUCAAAUCUUCAAAGAAAACUCGCCACAAUUUUUUGUCUUUCUUCUUCGGCAGCGAAUUUUUCAGUUUUUCAAGUGAGUUUCCCUUUUAUUUUCAACCCCAGCCUUUAGGUUCCUCACAUUAAACUGCUUCAAUGGAAAUCACAACUGACCACAAUUCAUCAAUUUCUCCUGAUUAUACUGUACCUAUUAUCAAUGUUCAUGCUGACAACUUCAAAUCCUUAUGGCCAUCCAUACUUCUUGCUGUCAGAGGAUCCACGUUCCUUGCACUCGACACUGAGAUGAGUGGCUUAGGGGACCGAAAAUCUUUAUUGGCCAAGUGUGUCGAAGAGCGAUACAAGGCAAUGAGCAGCGCUGCUCGGUCCCGUUCCGUCCUCUCGUUUGGGCUCUCCUGUUUCAAGCUGCAACAGGUGGAAACGGUCGACCGGACGGACAAGAAGAAUGGAGGCCCAGAGGAGGAGGAGGUCCGCGGGACGAGGAAGGUGAAGGAAUGGAAAUACGUCGUCCAGAACUACGACAUUGCGCUCCUGUGUUUCGACGAGUACGUGGUGGAACCGAGGUCAAUGCAGUUCCUCAUAGACCACGGGUUCGAUUUCAACAGACAGUUCUCAAAGGGUUCUCAGUAUUAUCGUGGCAACGAUAGAGAUCACCAUGACAUCAGUAAACCGUCAGUAAGGGAUCUUUUCAAUGAAAUUCUUCUCGCCAACGUGCCAAUAGUCUUACACAAUGGCAUCAUUGAUUUGGUAUUCUUGCAUCAGAAUUUCUACUGUGAUCUGCCGCUGAAGUUUAACACUUUUGUCUCGAAUCUAUCCGAAAUGUUUUCAGCUGGGAUCUUUGACACAAAAUAUCUCAUUGAAUAUGUAAUGAGGAUGUCGGCUUCGUAUUUGCUCUAUGUUUUCAAGAAAUGUAUUCGUGACAACAACAAAAGCAGCAUCCACGUUAACAACAGCUUCGUGUCGACAUCUUUCCUCGACUACCAGAACAAAUGUUCCGACGUGACUUACAGUUAUUUCGGAUGGCAGAAGAGAAAUUCUUCAGAAAUUACACAGAAACUCUGCAAGACUGCCUGCGAAAUGUUUGCUGCUCAUGGUUGGUGUCGCAGUGGGCGUAAGUGUACAAAAAGUCAUGAUGUGGAUUUGAUCCUGGAUCUUGACGAACACAAUCUGCUGAAGAUAGAGGUGAAAAAGAAGAGGAAACGUGAACGGAAACAGAAGAAACGCAUGGCUUCGGCGCUUCUUGCGACCAAAAACUUGGCAUCGGAUGAGGACGAUGCAUCACCUGCAAAGCACGUGCGUCCAUCGGACGGCGGCGACAGGGAAGGCUUGUCGGAUGCUAGUGACUGUGAUAAUGGUAGUUGCAGAGUCUCUGAAGAACUAAGCAAUGGCAGUUCAUCACACGCAAUGGACAUUGAGGAAACGGUGACGACAGCGGUGACAUCAACAACGUCAUUGACACCAGCAAUGCCAUUGGCAUCAACAACGUCAUUGGCAUCAACGUCAUUGACAUCAACAACGUCAUUGACAUCAACAGCAUCAUUGACAUCAACAACGUCAUUGACAUCAACAACGUCAUUGACAUCAACAGCAUCUUUGACAUCAACAACGUCAUUGACAUCAACACCGUCAUUGACAUCAACAACGUCAUUGACAUCAACAGCAUCUUUGACAUCAACAACGUCAUUGACAUCAACACCGUCAUUGACAUCAACAACGUCAUUGACAUCAACAGCAUCAUUGACAUCAACAACGUCAUUGACAUCAGCACCGUCAUUGACAUCAACAACGUCAUUGACAUCAUCAACAACAACUACAGCAGCAGCAGCAACAACAAGUGACAGUCCCCACCGUCAAGUCAAUGGUGAACUGGAAGAAAGUCUGCAACCUGAUUCCAGACAGUCUUCACCUGAUAUGUUAGAGGAAAUAAGAGCAAUUACCGAUUCUCUCAUAAGUAGCGCUGUCCCCAAAGAUGAAAAGCUGGGCAGUUCUCACAGCAUAGAAUCCCCAAAAAAUACAAAAUCAGCCCCUUGUGGACAUUCGUCUGGGUUUGACGCUUUCAUGACCGGUUUCAUAUUUUCGGUUGCUGUUGCCAAGUUUGGUGAGGCGGAUGUAAAAGACUGUAAACUAGCCUUGACCGGUGGUCAACUCAGACACUGGUUGAAUAAAGUGUUCCUUAGCAACAAGGACGUUCCGUUGUCGGUGUGUAAAAGUAAAUUCUCUCAGUGCUCCAACUUCCACAGAGAUAAAUACCGUUCUCUCAGAUCAAAUCCCAAAACCUAAGCUGCUAAGAACUUUGUAAAUAAUUCAAUAUAUCCAGAUCUAGAGCUUCUGGAGACAAGGGCGAUGGUGGUGUGUGUGUGUGUGCUUGUAUGUGUAUUUGUGUGUUUGGAUAUUUGUAUAUGUAUUUCUUUUCACUUGCUGGAUCCAGAGGAAGGGGCAAUGCCCAUGCCCCCUACCCCUGCAAGGUCUUCCAAACCAGUGAUUUUGAUGCCAGUAAUGUGUUGUUUAAAUUGUUGCACAGCAACACCUGCUCGGCAGACAUGAGCAGGGAAGGAAUUUCCAGAGGUCUGACAUUUUAGGAAGGAAGAACUGAGCUUAGGGAUUAGUGCAGGGCCCUGGGGAUUUGAACACAAAUGUGAUAAGAAAAGGGACGAAUGGGUUGGCAGAAGACCCAGCUGCUACACAUGUGAUAGUAAAGGUCAUCUGAGGUCCUUUUUUUUUUUUUUUUUAAAACUUGCUGUGUCUGGGGGUAGAGAAAGUGCCCAUAGCCUUUGUGGGUCUGACAUUCUAGGAAAGAAGAACUGAGAUUAGUGUUUAGUGCAGGGCCUUAGGAUUUGAAAACAACAAGUGUGAUAAGAAAAGAGAUGAAUGGGAUGGCAGAAGACCCAGUUGUUAUACAUGUGAUAGUAAAAGUUAUCUGAGGUCCUCUUUUUUUU